ACAGCUCACUGGUUAAGUUUUAAUUGCUUCCAAUGAGGUCAGCAAAGGUAUUUAUUGAAAAUCUCUGAAUAAAAGGCUCCACGCACACACACAAGCGCACGCGCUCACACACGGAGAAAACCCUUUUGCCUGUUGAUUUAUGGAAACAAUUAUGAUUCUGCUGGAGGAUUUCUCAGCUGAGAAAUAGUUUGUAGCUACAGCAGAGAGGCUCAAGUUGCACGAGGCAGGCAGCAGACUCGGACCUCUUGUGUACCCAGCUGUUCUAAACAGAACAAAAGUCAAGGAGCACACGGCAGUACAGCAACUGGCCUUGCUGCAAAAGCUGUGUGUAUAAGGAUUCAUCUCUCAACUGUGUUACUGAAGGAGGAAUCCUGCUAUUGGUAUCCGAAGCUAAGAGAUAAACUUAAGAGUCUGGAAAGAGCGACCACCUUUUCUCAAAGCAAUCUCCAGUGCACAGACAGGAGGAGGCCCAUGACCUAGGAGUGGCAGUCAGCCCAGGAUUCGGUUCUCAUUAUGUUAUUCAUGAACACCCGGAGCACUACACUAUAAUGCGCAAAUGGAUACUGACAUGGAUCCUGCCACCUCUGCUCUACAGGUCCUGCCUCCACCUUGUCUGUCUAGUGGGCACUAUGUCUUUAGCAUGCAAUGACAUGACUCCAGAGCAAACGGCCACGAAUGGCAACUGUUCGAGCCCCGAGCGACACACACGGAGUUAUGAUUACAUGGAAGGAGGGGAUAUAAGGGUGAGGAGACUGUUCUGUCGCACACAGUGGUAUCUGAGGAUUGACAAGCGAGGCAAAGUGAAGGGGACCCAGGAGAUGAAGAACAGUUACAACAUCAUGGAAAUCAGGACUGUGGCAGUCGGAAUCGUGGCAAUCAAAGGGGUGGAAAGUGAAUACUAUCUUGCAAUGAAUAAAGAAGGAAAACUCUACGCAAAGAAAGAAUGCAAUGAGGAUUGCAACUUCAAAGAACUAAUUCUGGAAAACCAUUACAACACGUACGCAUCAGCUAAAUGGACACACAGUGGCGGGGAAAUGUUUGUUGCCUUAAACCAAAAGGGGCUUCCCGUGAAAGGGAAGAAGACGAAGAAAGAACAAAAAACGGCCCAUUUUCUUCCUAUGGCAAUAACCUAAUCACACGUGGUGUUUGAGAAACCAGUUUCAUUCAGCAGGGAGAUUUCUUUCCAGUGGACUUUUUUUCUUCCUCCUUUUUCCUUACUUUCUCUCUCUCUCUUUUAAAGUAACCAAGAAAGGCUGGAAAACUACUGAAAACUGAUCAAGCUGGACUUGCGCAUUUUUGUUUAUUUUAAAAGACUGCAUUAAAGAAAGAGUUGAAGAAUAUACACAAAAAUCAGAUUUAGUAACUAAAAGUUGUAAAAAGUUGUAAAAGUGGUUGUACAAUCAUGUUAGUAAUAGUGAUGUUUUUCUUAAAUUAAUUUACCCUUCAGAGUAUGUUAGAUUUGACUAUCUGAUAAUGAGUAUUUAAUAUCACUAUCUGCUUAUAAAAUGGCUGCUAUAAUAAUGACGAUGGUGAUGCAGAUGAUGUUAUAUAAGGUAUGUCAGACCUAACCCUGCUGGAAUGCUUGAGGAUCAUCAAGCCCACGCAAACUGUAGAGGACGAGCAGUGUUUGAGAGCUUUCCCGUAAGAGCUAGAAUCCAUGUCAGCUCUACUCAGAAAAGUGAGUGUUCUCGACAUCUUAUUAUAGAAUGGAAUCGACAGGGGGAUUUACAAAAUGACAGUACUGGAACAUACCUGUACUGAUUAACAUGAGAAAAGUCCUAACGCCACUCAAAUUGAAAAGGUAUUGCUAACAGGAUGCUUAGAAAUCUGUAUAUAAAAUAGCAAUAAUGAUGAUAAUACUGUAUUUCAUCUCACCACAAAGUAACAUUUUAUAAUCCCUAAAAAUAAAAUUCCGAAAUCUUUAAGUCUUUUUCCAGUAACAUAUCUAUCUUUUGUGUGAUUCACAUUUGGGAACCCGACUUUUAAUUAUGUUCUUCCCACAAAUAAUUACACUCCCUCCGCCCCUCCCCGUGGUUACAGCAUUAAACUCUACUUUAAGUUGUAUUUGAAUUUUAUUGUUUUGUUAUUUAAGUUUAUGUUAUUUAUAAAGAAAAAACCUUAAGAUGCUGUUUCUGUUUCAUAUGCUUUUAAUUUCAAGGGAACAACAGAACGCCUGGCUGCACUGCAGACUUCUCCUCCCCUGGUGACUGACACCAAGUCUAGCACACAGCACUUGGCUAGCAAGUGUUGGAUGCCGGACAAAAAUGACAGCCUGCAGCCAUGCUCACAAUAGAUGGCUCAGAGCGAAUGAUACAAAUAUGUGGGAAAGAGUUUGCCACAACAGCUCUUGCCAAUGAAUUCGGAUCACAUCAGUGAAAGAAAGAAAGGAUUUUAGUCAGAAUGUAUUUUGAUACGUGGCAAUAAAGCCUGGUUUAGACGUCCGUUUAAAGUCAGCAAUCUGAUAAUCUUUAGCAGUAUCUGCAGACGUUGCCAACAUUAAAGUGGGAAGAAAACAACCGCAUUGGAGGCUGUAGGCAGUGUGCAAGGCCCCAGACACCUUGAGGCUUCAGGUCAGGCCACAGACAACAGGCCUAACAGACAAGAUUCACUCCAUAGUUCUGCCACCAGCAGGUGCUGAUGGAACUGUAUGCAUGUUCACCAAGUUACUUAAACUGUUGGGAUAUUAAUUAUUGUGAUAUCAACUUCAAAGCACUUUUUACUGAAGUUUCUUUAUGUUACGUAAAAUACUAUUUGGUAAUAUGCUUAUGAGUGAAGGUUAUAAGAUUAAAGUCCCUGUCAACAAAACAACAGAAUUACUUGACUUGCUUGUGGUUUGCCCAGGUGUCCAGGCUAUGAGAAGGUAGGAAGUGUUGCCAUCCCUCACACACACACACACACACACACACACACACACACACACACACACACACAUAGGAGAAGCCCUGAGGGAACAGUCUGGACUAGCAACUCUAUUCAGGGAUUUAAGGCCAUUGCUAGUCUAGCUUCCUAGCCCAGGCUUCUGUGCCUGGAGUCUUAGGAGCAAGCGUAUCAAGGGUAGAAGCAGACUGUGCUCUUCACAGCUGUUCCAUCAGUGCCUAGCUGAGUGCUGGGCCACAAUCAGCUUAUAUAUACACGGACCCAUUCAACUAACAGUUUCCGAGGAAAAGGUGGGAUGCAAUUAUUCUUUCUGAAAACGUAAAACCUCAGACUGAAGCAUGAUCAUGCAGAAGCGUAAACACAAGCCGUGAGUAAGCAUAGAAGGUGGCUAUAGCUACCAUUAAAUUAGAAUAUCAAAUUAGAUGAGCCAGAUUUACUGUUGUUAUUUUAAAACUCUGUACCUAUGUGUGUGUCUGUAUUGGUACAUACACAUGAACGCAGGUCCUCUUUGAGUUCAGAAGCGGGUGCUAGAAUUGAACUUGGCUCCUUUGCAAGAGCAGUGUGUGUGCUCUUAACUGAUCCAUCUCACCUGCCCCAGCACUUAUGUUUAAUUAUAGGUUUUGCUCUACUUAAAAAAAAACUUAACAUGUAAAUUCCAAAAAAUAAAUCUACUUUAGUCAAACACAUUUAGAAUCUAGAGUCUUGGAAGUCUGUGAGGCCUUUAUCUUCCUCCUUCUUUCAUAGAUCAGGGUACAGCUUUUAGUAGAAUCAAGGUGCUGGGUGGAUACAGCUUGCCACAGCUGAGGUCACUUAGCAUGUGUCCUGCUUAGAUUGUCAGUGAUCUCCUUGUUUGAUUUGGUUUUAACCUCCAUUGAGAUACCAUCUUUGUAGUUAAGAGCACCUGUGAUCCACUUGGCAACUGACUUAGUGCAUAAUGGUACUUUUAUAAUUUGACUCAAAAGGAGAAAAGGAAUGAGAUUUCCAAUUUUGAUUCCUAAGCAACUUUUAUGUGAACUUUUAAAUUUAUAAAUGGAAAGUAUCAUGAAAGGCAUUUUUAUAAUAAGAGUAUUCUUUUCUAAAAUGUUAUUUAAAAAGAAAAUCAUACCAACAUGUGGGUUUCUAAAAACUGGUAAAGGACUAAGUGGAAAAAUAUGAACGCUAACAGAAUAAACAAAGAUACUUUCAAUACAAGUAAAGUAAAACACUUCAACACAGACAAGCCACAAUGUAGACCGCUGACCUUCGAGCUGCUGUAAGUUUAGAUACAAAAGAGAAGGGGAAAUAAAGUCUCUAUCACUUAGAGCUUUUCCUUUGAGUUUUUUUUUUUUUUUUUUUUUUGAUGUCGAAAACCAUGAAGAGUGAUUACGGAGACUGUGAUGUGUGAUCCCUUAAAUGUUUAGAAUAGUAUAGAGUGAAAACCUAAAAAAAAAAAUCAUGUAUGAUAUCUCACCAAAGACAGAACAUUCACUUAAAAUCAUCUUAUGAUUCAUGUGAGUUUGCAUUUCACUCUGUAGCAGACUUGUGUUUGCCUAGCUGACCCCAGUGAACAAAGCUGAAGCUGGGAGUGACAUCUGAGACUGAACUGCAAGGCUGCAAUGUCACCCUUACCCCACUGUCAUGUACCUGAGAGUCAAUGAGACAUAGAUGAUUUCCUAUCAUUCAUAGUCCAACUUUACAUACAAAUAGUACAGAAGCUAAGAUCAUUUUGUAAAUGUGUGACAAUAAAUAUUUAACACCUAAUGUGGAUGGUUAUUGGUCAGCCAAAAUACUCCA